AUGCUAUUAGAAAGAAAAACUUUGUUCCACAACAUUGCUAAAGAAAAGGUUGAAUUUUCCUAUCCUCCCCUAAAGCCUGGAGAAGGACACGACAGCCACAGCUUACCAGAGGAAUGGAAAUACUUGCCAUUUCUUGCCUUACCGGAUGGCGCUCACAACUAUCAGGAAGAUACCGUGUUUUUCCAUUUGCCACCAAGAUGUGGGGAUCGAACCACAGUAUAUGGCGUCUCUUGCUAUAGACAGAUUGAAGCGAAGGCAUUAAAAGUACGGCAAGCAGACAUCACCCGAGAAACAGUACAGAAAAGUGUCUGUGUUCUCAGUCAGCUGCCUUUGUAUGGGUUACUUCAGGCAAAGCUACAACUCAUUACGCAUGCGUAUUUUGAAGAAAAAGACUUCUCACAAAUUUCAAUUCUAAAGGAACUUUAUGAUCAUAUGAAUAGUUCCUUGAGCAGUACUUUGCUAGAAGGGUCACAAGUUUAUCUUGGUCUGUCUCCUCGGGAUCUUGUUCUUCACUUCAGACACAAGGUCUUGAUCCUUUUUAAAUUGAUUCUUCUAGAGAAAAAGGUGCUGUUUUAUAUUUCUCCAGUAAAUAGAUUGGUGGGAGCUCNUAUUCAUGUGUGCUAUCACUUUCCAGGUAUGAUUGAACAUGGUCUUACUGACUGCUCGCAGUAUAGACCAAGAAAGAGCGUAUCGGAGGAUGCUGGCUUGCAAGAAAAUACACCACAGUUAGAUGACUAUGUUUCUCUGUCUGCUGCUGAUACUUCAAAUACAAACUUAGGAAUGGGAAAGGGAGGCAGGAAGAUGGCAGGAAACCAUUCACUGGAAGGUCAAAAAGCAAACGUGCCUUUCUCCCACUCAGAGAAGACUUGCAAUGGAACUCAGUCCUCCAAUGGUACUGUGCAGCGCUUGAAAGUUCCUUCCCGCACUUCUCCAGCAUCCUCUGAAAGUGACUGGGAGACCUUAGAUCCUAGCGUUUUGGAGGAGUCUAAUUUGAAAGAAGAACAUGAAAAUACAGCAUCAGAACAGGUUGAAAAUCUGAGCGAAGGCAUGAGCUCAGAAAGCCUUCCAAUCACUGUGCAGCCCCAAGCAAAUACAGGACACACGGUGCUUGUUCCAGGACUGAUAUCUGGGUUGGAAGAGGACCAGUAUGGUAUGCCAUUGGCUAUUUUUACGAAGGGAUACCUUUGUUUGCCAUACAUGGCACUGCAGCAGCAUCAUCUCCUGUCAGAUGUAACAGUCCGCGGCUUUGUUGCAGGAGCCACCAAUAUCCUGUUCCGUCAGCAGAAGCAUCUGAGUGAUGCAAUUGUGGAAAUAGAAGAUGCUCAUGUACAAAUCCACGAUCCAGAACUCCGUAAGAUCCUGAACCCAACAACUGCUGACCUAAGAUUUGCAGAUUACUUGGUGAAGCAUGUAACUGAGAACAGAGAUGAUGUUUUCCUUGAUGGCACUGGAUGGGAAGGAGGAGAUGAGUGGAUCAGGGCUCAGUUCAGUGCGUAUCUUCAUGCACUGCUUGCUGCUGUGCUGCAACCAGACAAUGAAAAGACUUUGUCAGACUUUGGAACGGCAUUUGUAGCAGCCUGGAAAAAUACCCACAACUACAGAGUAUGGAAUAGCAACAAGCAUCCAGCUCUUGCAGAGGUAAAUUCUAGCCACCCAUUCCAGGGACAGUACUCUGUAUCAGAUGUUAAGUUAAGAUUGUCACACUCUGUGCAGAACAGUGAACGUGGAAAGAAAAUUGGAAAUGUGAUGGUUUCUACUAGCCGAAACGUUGUGCAAACGGGAAAAGCUGUAGGUCAGUCAGUUGGAGGAGCCUUCACAAGUGCGAAAUCAGCUAUGUCAUCAUGGUUUUCCACUUUUACGCAGUCUACACAAAGCCUCGGGGACUAAAUGAUGGUUUUGCACAAUGCUGCUGAGUAUUUUGUGUGCAAUGCUUUCUCUGAGCUGUAAAAAGACCACUCCGAAACAUCGGAGUGGAGAUUAAUUACCCAGGACCAAACCAAGAUAUACAUUGCUUGCAAGCAGAUGUGGAAUGUUACCAUUCAGCUUCACUAGAGGUAUAGAAGAAUGGUGAGUGUCUCCAUACAAUGGGAUGGCAUUUGCAGUAUAUUGGUUGUAUUUAAAAUGACUACUUCUCUUUAAAACUGAGCCUUUAUAAAGACAUUAGCAAACAGGGCUUGUUGCAAGCCAAAUGUGUCUGACUUUAGAUUUGUACAUUUUCUUGGAUGUUGAAAAUAUUUAUGUAAACUAGUUAUAUUUUUCAAUCCAAAUAGCUAAAUGUUUGUGAAUUCUUGUUAGAAAUAAGCAGAGUAUAAAUACUGAUUGCUCUUUCAGGUUGGAUUUGAGAGCAUCUCUGCAAAAAGUAUACGGUGGAAACCCUUAAAGGGUUCCAAGCCAGGUGGAACUUUCUUGCUUUCACCUACAAACUAAAAUCGGCAGGGUGCAGAGUAAGACUGUGGCCAACUUAAGGGGUUUUUUCCUUUCUCCUCUGUAGCCAUGUACAGUUGUUUGCAUUACUCUGUCUCUAGCUCUCUUUGUGUCCCCAAAUCUGUGUGACAGUUGCGAAAUCAGUAUUUUCUUGAUGUUAUGCAGUAGGCCUUCAUAACUUUGCAUAUGUUUUGGCUGUGUUUUUACCCUGGGACGUGAAUGGGAUUCCAGUUGGAGAGAUCUCUUCAGGAAAAGUAUUACAAAACAAUUCUCCCAAACUGGGAUUGGAUCAUAGACAAUUUUGUGAGGUCUUGCUCUAUUAGGAUGUAAUUACACCAUCAAUGUAGUUACAUGCAUAUGAAUACAAAGUACUAAAACCAUCUAAAACUAGCACAGUAGCAAAAUCUGCGUGGUGCUUUUGGGUUUGUUUUGUUUGUUUGGUGGUUUGGGGUUUUUUUGCUGGUAAAGGUAUGAAGACUCUUCCAAAUGAAAAUCGCCUAUAUCGAUUUUCUGUGUUGACUCAGGGAAUGUUCUGUUUGGAUAACUGCCUCUUUUCAUAAGGAAAGUAACACUAGAAUUGGGAGAGUAACUGAAAUGGCUCAGUUCGUAUCCUUGAAUGAAAAAAUAUAGUUUAUAUGAAAGAUGUGGCAUAAUGCUGUGUUUCAUAUGUAAUGUGCACGCGGCGUCUUCUGUACGCAAGCAUGUUCCACUUCCUACGUUUCCUGAUUCUGAGAGAGAUUAUCUCCUGUUUCUUGCAAUGUGUGUGCCUCUGCGUGCCUUCUAACAUCCCCACCUGAUAGCUGUUAACAUUUCCUACAUGACAUAGUCAAAUGUUCCAACUUUCUGUAGUAAAAGGCUCUUAGUUUAUUGCCUCUUCAGUAUCUGUCAGUGUUUUGCCAUGUUCUUUUCUGGGGCCAAGGUUUCCAGUCAUGGUUAUUUCUUCUAUUCCUCAAAAUACAGCAGCUGUACAAGAGAUAAACAAGAAGGCUUGAAUGUAAUUGGUUUAAGAAAUUAAGUUCUAAUUUCUUUAGGUGCUUUUGAAAAGCUAUUAGAAAAGCCACACUUGUAUCACAUAGUUCUUGUCCAGGAACUUAGUUUUCAGUUUUACUGCUUCAAACAGCAAUUUGAAAACACAGGAUCUGAUUUAGAGCCUUUGUUAAUAUUUUCCAGGACAAACUAGAUGGAAUGGCCAUGGAAAACCUGAGAGUACACAGCUAGUUUGAGUAGUUUCAUUUGAGCAGGGCAAAAAACGCCCCUAAAGCUCUACUAAUGUACUGCUUCUGACAUACAAGUAAAAUGUAUCUAUAGAACUGCAACUAUUGCUCCUGGUCUCUCUGUGUGUUUGUGUAUCUCCUAAAACUUCUGAUGCUCUUUUCUGUUUUAUUCCACAGCUAUGUUACAUCUUUUUCAAAGACUAAGUAAUACUUGAUAUGCAGGAAUUGCUCUGGUGAAAUAAGACUAGGGCUGCAUUUAUUCAUGGUGAGUCUAGAGCUGUCUGAUUCAGCAUGCAGAUAAGAAAAUAAUCAAAAAUAAUCACUUGCUUUUAUGAAAUGGCUAACGUAUUGUCUGCUGUCUGGGAUUUAAGUGGUCAGGCUUCAUGUUGUAGUGAAGACUGAAUAAAGGUGCGUAAAGACUUCAAGCACCUAUAAAACUAACUUCAGCGACUUAAGGCACACUAGGUAAACUUAGGCUUAGGAGCUCAUGAUGGUGAGUUCUAGGAGCCAGGCAAGUUGUUGGUAUUUAUAUGUGCAAGGUAUAGAAACAGGACCUUCAAGGAUCCAUUUUAAUAUCCUUGUCACCUCCUCACUUGAGUUUCUUCUGUAGAAUUCUCCUGUGCCCCAAAUUUGUAUAGCUGAUUUGUUAGCUCUCUGCAUUCCCCUUACUCGCACAGACUCCUUCACUGGCCCAAGGAUAUUAGAAAGCCGAUUUUUUUUUUUAAUUUUUUUUUUUUUUUUUUCCCGUUGGUAGAUUGAUCUGAGGAAAGGCAGAAUGAGGUGCCCUCUGCAGCGCUAAGCUGAUGCACGGCUGCUUGCUGCUUUGUACAGGGACUCUGUUGUGAUAUUUCACAGUAUUUCUUUUACGGGCAAGAAGACCAGACAGAUCUUUCUCUGCAGUAUUUUUCCCCCUCUCCCAGCUGUCUCUGUUGUGGACCCAAACAUACAACCUGAUUCAGAGUAUUUCCCUUGCUUUAUAAAUGUUAGAAUAAGAAACUUGUAUUAAUUUUCAGCCUUUUUAAGAAAUGGCAUCCUGCUGGCAUCCUGCUAGCAAGUUGGACUGUGAUUUAAACUCACACAGUGAUUAAGACUCAUGCAGUAGGUAGAGAUGAAGUGAUCUUCAUAAUAUGUGGUCUUCAUUAACAUGUAUGUUUGCUCUUUGACAUUUGCUUAAACUUACUUUUGGGCUGUAGGAAGGCAUGCAGCUGCUGAGGUUCAUUAAGUUCAUGCAGUCCUCUUUUUAAUUUAACGGUUGUAACCUCUUUAGUUAAAUCCAGUGCAAAUACAAGUUAUUUUCCUCCCCUCCAUUUUAAAACUUCCAGUGCAAGCAUUAUUACUUAUUCAGAAAGAUUUAGGCAGUCAGCUUCCAUUUGAAAGAUCUCUUGACAUCCAUUUCUGCACUGCAAGAAACACUGAGUGCUAACUGAAUUGGUGAUAGUGCCUCUAAUGAGUCAGCUGUGAAGCUGUUGUUACAGCUCUGUCAUGGUGUAUGUUGCAAAGGUAUUUCUGGCUGUCAGUGUGCAGCAUGAACUGACUUACAGUGGCGCACCUCUCAACUUUCUGGCAUCAAAGGUAUCAACCUCUGCUGUUUUGUGUGUGCCAGCAUUUGAGGAACUGCCUAUUGAGCAUAGAUAGGAGAUAGAAGACCCCCAAACCCCACAAGACUAAGUAUUGCUGACCUAAUAAUUUCAUUUGACUAAAAUGUUCAGCAUUUUUCAUCAAUCAUUUUCAUGUCAUAACCUUAAUUUCUGUACGCUUCUGACACGUUUCCUCAAAUACCACAAUGUAAUUAUCAUUUUUAGAUCGGUGUCCUAGUUCAUUGCACUUGUUUGACCCUGUACAUUUGUUUUAAGCACCUUUGUAAUUCAAUUUAGUAUUUUGCCUAAAGAAGCUUCUGAUUUCCAUAGAAAUUAUUACUAAGCAGAGAAACUAAUGUGGCAGUAUUUAAUUGUAAAAGGGAAGGGGUGAAUGCCAUUUUUAAACAUAGAAACUGUUGCUUGAUAAUUGAACAUACAAGUAAUGUAUUUGAUUUUUCUUGUGCUGCUUGAAACAUAAAUACAUCCAGCCUGCAGAAAGCUGUCUGCUCAAAAAGCUGUAUUAUUUUAAGAAAUUCAGAUUAAUUUAAGAAAUUAGUCCCACUUGCAGGCAUCUGUUUUUUGGUAUUGGUAACUGCUUGUAACACACUGGCAGUCUUUUUCUUUAAAUUUGUCUUCCAUUUAAACUGAUUGUGGAUGUUGCUUUUGCAAAUUUGGGACAAGAGGAUCCUCUAGCGUGGCGCUUUAUUCCCUGUUGAGUACUGCUCAUUGUAAAUUGAAGUCUUUAGUAGGUCACGGAGCUCUCUUACAUCAGGAAGAACUUCAGGUAGAACUGUAAAAUUUUGAUCUAGAUUUAGCUUCAAAAUAGUAUGUAGUUCACGUGGAUUGUGACAUCUAGUCAAAAUCGGGAUGCUGAGUAAAUUAAUUGCUGCAACAUCUAGCACUCUGCUGUAGUAAGCUAUUCACUAACGGGUUAUUUUAAAACUUUAAAACUUCUGCUGUAACUGUCACUACCUAGCUGAGAAUGAGUUGGUGAAUUACUGUUUCCACUAGGAGGAAACACAAAUGCCUUGAAUAACAUUCAGAUGAGAAUUACCUGUAGCUUGUGGCUCAAACACGGUUGCAGUUCUCUAAAACUUGAAGUUUUUCUGAUGGUAUGCAAGUAGUUGUUCAAACAGACUGAAAGAUAAAUUUAUAUCAUGUUGUUUAUGCAGCACAACUUUACUUUCUUGCAUGUACUUAGUUUUCAUUAAAAGGGGCAACUUGGAGAGUAUUCAUUUAAGGGCAGAAACACUACAUUAUUGUACGGUGAUUAAAGGUGUGUGACAAAUCGCUUCAUGGUGUUUUGAGUCUUUAAUACUAUAGUAGAGGAGAGACUGACUUGAAAAAGCAGGCACAGAGCUUUAGUACUGUGACGUUUCUGGUCUUGACCCCAUUCUUUAACAAAUACUAGAAGUAGUGUUUGGAUUCAUUAAAAAAAAAGUAUCACUUCUGUCAGUUAAAUAGUCAGUUAAACAGUGAACCUUACUCAGAUUAUUUUAUUCCCCAUAAAUUGAUGUUAGGUGUGCACAACUUCUGUAUGCAGGUGGCUUAAUCUUAGUUGUGAUGGAACUUGGAAGUCUAGCUGUCCUGUUGAGUCCUUCUGUAUAGGUUCAAAAUUGCCUAAUCACACAUUGCUCCUCUUGUAAUACUAUUCCAAAAUCAACUGAGAGAAAAUAAGAUUAUUUUUUUGUUGUUAAUUCCCUGCCUGAAUUUACUGACCAAUAUUGAUGAAAGCAUAAUUACUAUUUGCCUCAACAGUAGCAGAGAAAACCUACAAAAUCUUCUUUUCUUG